CACAACCCAUCUUCAAGGCUGGUGGCUGUCCUGGACAGACAGACAACAGAGACAGAGAGAGCUCCCUUGGCUUGACCCACGCCCUCGGACACAGGACACGAAAGAUGAACUCAACUUCUGCUCCCAAAUGCCUACCUGAAGAGGUGGGAUGCCUCCGCUGGCUGACCGUAGGAAUCUUGUCUGUGUCCUUUGUGGUUGGCAUAGUGGUCAAUGGGCUGGUGCUCUGGAUGACUGUUUUCCGCAUGACCCGCACUGUCAACACCAUCUGGUUCUUCAACCUGGCCCUUGCCGACUUCACCGUCCUACUGUCUCUUCCCAUCCCAAUAUACACCCUGGCCAUUGGCGAGUGGUUGCUCAAAGACUUGGUCUGCAAGCUGUACCUGGCCUUACUGACUCUCACCUUCUUUACCAGCAUCUGCCUCCUGGUCCUGAUCUCUGUGGACCGUUGUAUCUCUGUCCUCUACCCUAUCUGGGCCCGAAAUCACCGCACCGUGCGGCGAGCAAGGUGGCUGACUGUUGGUGUGUGGCUCCUGGCUGCCAUCACUUGCUAUCCAUCCCUGAAAUUCCGAACUACUGGAAAAUUGAAAGGAUGCAUGCGCUGCUACUUCAAGUUCAACAUAGGGAAUGAAGGGGGAAAGAACUCCCAGGAUUGGAAUCGAACGGAGAGGCAAAUGGUGGUCACCAUCCUUCACUUCCUGGUGGGCUUCCUGGUGCCCUUGGCAAUCAUCAGCACCUGUGCCUACCUCAUCCGUGCCAAGAUCCAGCGGGAGGGUUGGGUCCAGGCCAGGCGGCCGAAGAGGUUGCUGUUGGUGUUAGUAAGCGCCUUCUUUAUCUUCUGGUUCCCGUUUAACAUGGCACUUUUGGUCCAACUGGAGCUAGAGAAAUAUCAUGACCCUAAGAUGCUCCUCAUCCUCUGGGCUACCUUCUCCUUGGGCUGUCUCAACAGCUGCCUCAACCCUUUCCUCUACGUCUUUAUUGGCCGAGACUUCAAGGAAAAGUUUUUCCAGUCUCUGCCUUCUGCCCUGGCCAGGGCAUUUGGUGAGGAGGGUUUUCUCUCACCCUGUCCCUGAGGUGAAGCCCCCAGGGGGUGA